AUGAUUUCUUUUCAAUUUUCCUUACUUUCACAUCUUUAUUUCGACUUUCUAAUUUAUUGGCUUCUUAUCUACGUUUUUUUUUCUUUGCUUGAGCGACUUUUUUCUCUUUUUGCCUUUUAUCGUCUCUAUUACCGCCAUCUUUUUUUCUUAUCUUUAUAUUGGAACCUUCCUUUCUUAUCUCUGUCUUUUGUUUUGAUAUUGUUUUACAUUUUCCUUUCCCACCUUUCUUUGUUUCGUUACUACAUUACAUUUUCAUCUCUUUCGUUAUUCUCCGUAUUUCGAACUUCAUCUUUCUUUGUUUCUUUUUCUUUGUUUCUUUUUCUUUCUUUCUUUCUUUCUUUCUUUCCUUUCUUUCUUUCUUUCUUUCUUUCUUUCUUUCUUUCCAUACUUUCUUUCUUUCUUUCUUUCUUUUUUCUUUCUUUCCAUACUUUCUUUCUUUAUUUAUUUAUUUCCAUACUUUCUUUCUUUCUUUCUUUCUUUCUUUCCAUACUUUCUUUCUUUUUCUUUCUUUCUUUAUUUAUUUCCAUAUUUUCUUUCUUUCUUUCUUUCUUUCUUUCUUUCUUUCUUUUUCUUUCUUCCUUUCUUUCUUUCUUUCUUUCUUUUUCUUUCUUCCUUUCUUUCUUUCUUUCUUUCUUUCCAUACUUUCUUUCUUUCUUUCUUUCCAUACUUCGCAUAGCAUCUAUCUAUCUAUCUAUCUAUCUAUCUAUCUAUCUAUCUAUCUAUCUAUCUAUCUGUUUGUCUCUCUGUUUUUUCCAGUCGGUUUAUAUCUAUCUAUCUAUCUAUCUAUCUAUCUAUCUAUCUAUCUAUCUAUCUAUCUAUCCCUCUUCGGUUUAUAUCUAUCUAUCUAUCUAUCUAUCUAUCUAUCUAUCUAUCUAUCUAUCUAUCCCACUCUGUUCAUAUCUAUCUAUCUAUCUAUCUAUCUAUCUAUCUAUCUUAAGAUACUUGCACUUGUUCCUUUGCUACUCGUUGCCCUUUCUCUCUUUGCCGAUACGUUUUAUGCUUCCUGCCUCCUGCUUUAUCUUCUCUCAAUAUUUGAUUGAUAAUGCAUUGCUUUUCUGGCUUUAUCUCUUUUUCAUUUGCUUUCCGUCUUACCAUUCACUUUUUUGGAUCCUGUCGCUCUCCCCUCUCCUUUGCAUCCCUAACAAACUACGACUUAUUUCCUUUGACUCCUUACCACCCGCUUUCUCUCCACUUGCUUUCAUCUCUCUUAUACAUCCCCCAAACACCACUCAUCAUUCCCUUUCUCUUUUCAGUGUUGUCUUUUUUGUUCUCCCUCUUUCUCUUUUAAUUGUUUAUAUCUCUCCUUUUAAAUUUCUCUCUUUUGAAAACUCUUCUCUUUUUAUUCCUAUCCUUCUUCUUUUAUUCUCUCUUUUCAUUUGUACUCCCACAUCUCUACUUCUCACCAUCGCAUUCCCUUUCUCGCUAUACAAAUCUCUUUAUACUUACUAUCGCCAUCUUCUAUUAUCUCUCUUUCCCUCAAGCUUUCGUUUUCCCCCUGUCACUAUCUAUCUUUUGUUCACUUCUCACAUUGUAACUUUCUGUUGCCGCACCAAUUUUCUCCUCUCCCUACUUCUUUUACCUCCUUCUCUUCUUGCCUUCUCCAUUCUCUCCCAAGAACUCUCUUCAUUUCUUUUCUUUGAUUCCCUUCUCAGUCCCUCUACUUUUCUCUCUUUCGUGCUCUUGCUCCAAAUGCCACCUUGGGCACGUUUCCGUCUCUUAUUCACCGACAAUUCUGCUCUCUCUUGGGCUCCUACAAACUGUCCACUUUUUUGUCCAUUCAUUAAAUUUGUCCUAUUUGAUUCUUUCUAUUCUUUUCUCUUUCUUUUGUUGAUGGUUUUCCAUUCUUUUUCAUUCUCUUUUCCAUUUUCUUCAUUCUUCGUAUUUAUUCAGGUUUUUCUUCUCAUUCAUAUUUCUUCAGUUCUUGAUUCUUUCAUAUUUUAA